UUCACCACCACUUUCACCUUCUUGCCGCACGCGCGAUGCGCGCCUCUUUCUGACCACUGCAUACCACCGAUUGCGAUGUAUGCAGUUGCAACUACGUGCAGUCGGUAGUGUAUGUUGGCGCCAAUCGCUCCUCACUCGACGGACUUCACCCGGAGCCAUCUCGAGCGCGCCCGCGAAGCGAUUAAAGACUGGCACGCGCACUCUUCUAAAGACCCUGCGCGACCAUGUCGUCCAACUCAUAUAAUCCCUACAACUACCCAUACCACCAAAGCGCACCUCAGCAACAAUACUCGACAUACCAGACCGCUCCCGCGACCAAUAACCCACCGCAGGCAUCGUCGCGCCAGUACCAGCAGCCGUCAAGUCAAGCAACCGACUACGGCUUUUACCAAGCACCCUCGUACAGCUCACAUGGGACUGGCUAUGAUGGACCGCAAGAUAGAUCUGGCACUUGGAACGGUACCAACUAUGGAGCGAAUCGUGAGACAACCAGCCGUGCCGCCGAAGUGCUUCAUAACAUGAGCAACACAGCAUAUACAGCCAAUCCUACGCCGGCCCAGCCCAGCUUUCCUGCUAUCAACAACACGCCUGCCUCGCGAUACACUCCUACCAAUGAUCGGCCGCAAGCUCGACCUCCAAGCGUCAAUACCAACCGCGCUCAAGCCUCAACAAUUCGCGGCAAUGUCUCCCCCGUAGUGCCGCCAGCCAAUUCAACCCAUAGAACAUCCAAGCAAUAUAGCCAGACUCAGUUCAAUCAACCUCAGCGGACCGCAAGCCCUGCGCAGUACAAAGCAACCAACACCCAAUAUAGCGCCGAUCAUGCUCAUAGACAACUGCCUAAGCCGGGGAUAUCACGUACAUCCUACGGUUUUGCUGACCCACAAAUCACCACGCCUACAUCCCAAACGAGUACUAGUGCACCGGAUCCGAUUUCCCAGACAACUACCACCGUAGAUCCUAUGGCGGUCUAUGACCCUUGGCCGGAGUAUCAGCGCAAGGCAGAAGCUCAAAGGGCACAGAAAGCUGUUGAAGAUGCUGCACGACUGGAAGAGGAAAAAAAGGUUGAACAGAAGCGGAAAGAGGAAGAAGAACGGCAGCGCAGAGAAGAGGAAGAUAAAGAACGAAAUCGAAAAGACGAAGAAAAUGCACGCUUGGCGCAAAUGAACUCGGCACAGCAGGAUAGCAGCACGCCCCUGCAGACUGCAUCCGAAACAUCCAGCAAUGCAAUGGAGGAGGAAAUAAGAGCGCUGAUGUCAAGAAUGCGGGAGUUCAAUAGUAAGGAUCCUGCUCUACUGGCGCGUAUUUGGGAGGAGGAACGUAGGGCGAAAGCUCCGAAAUCACCAAAUGUUCAGAAUAAACCCGCGCCUCAAGCAGUGCCUACAAAGUCACAAACACCUGUGGCAGCGAUCCCGCGGCAAAGUACAGCUUCCAAGGAGACCACUUUGGCCAAAGGCACGAAGCCCUCAAAAUCGGCCAAGGCAGCAAAAGUCGCGAAAGCGAUCUCAGUCCCGACGCCGGCAACACCCCAACCACAACCACAACCAACGGCGAGGCCCGCAGCAAACCACACAAAAGGAAGCACAGUUUGGCCACCAGAAAAGAAGACACACCUGGCUAGUGCAGCAGCAUCAUACCUUUCCUCGCAUAACCCUACCAGGCCCGUAGAAGCAAACGAAGUCCUUCUCCUACUAGACAGGAACCCGUCCUAUAUUGAGCUAUGUGAACAACUUGAACAGAUGGGAAUUAUCCUAGAGCGAGCCGCAUUCGCGAAAACUUUGCUUCAGGCUGUGCCAGACGUCAAUUCGGGCUCUCGACCAAAGCCUGGACCUGCUGGGCCAGUGAAUGGAGCCCACAACGUGCAAGUGGCAACCCCUGCAGUCAUCAAAGGCGCCCAAACGCCAACGACGCCCUUGAGUCGUCCUCAGGCAGAAACACCAGGCGGGGGGAUUGUUCAAUAUCCGCCAUUUCCUAUCAACAAUGCCCCAGUUGCCGAGAUGAUUCCAAUCAGGUCGGAGCAUAGACAGCCCGCCACCAAGGAAGAAGCUGCCCGAAAGCGAACAUUUAAUGAUCUGAUUGAUUUGACGAUGCCAGAAGACGAAGAUGAACCAGCCUUCAAGAAGUCUAAUCUAGGAGGCACAUCUCACUUGUCUUCCUCAACACCUAUGAUGCAGUCGCAGUCGCAUGAAGGAUCCCCUGCCAACUUCCCACUUCCAUCACAACCUGUGCCGCGACCUGUACACGACCUACCGCCGCCUUCCUCAGACCUCCGACACGAUGUAGUUGUACAGUACUUGGACCGUAAGAAUGCUCUGCGCCGGAACACUUAUAACAUCAAAACCAUUGCCCGGGAUAUAUUGCUCGCGUGCGGAAGACAUCCGGAGACGAGGCAACUAAACCAGCAUCUUGAUAUAUUGAAGACAACGCUUCCGCAGGUCACGAACGACGCUGAUUUAAGUACGCUCAACUGGGAGGCCAUCGACCCAGGCAGACCGCCUGUUGGAUACUUUAAAGAGGAUGUCAUGGAUCUUACCGGCGAUGCUGACGAUGAAGAUGAAUCGGACGAGGAAGAUACUCAGCGUCGAGUCCAGAAACCGCAAGAUUCCGGUGUUGGCACGGACCAGCAACGGACCCAGACAUCGGUUGAGGCAAUCAACCCAUUUAAGCUUAAGCGGCGCGGUCGGCCCCCGCGGUCAUCGCUACCUGCUGGGAAUCCAACCCCAUACACACCCAAGCAAAAAUCAAUGUCAAGUCACGUAGCGGCAAGCGCACCCCAGCCGAGCAAAUCUGCAGCUAGUGUAGGCUACAGCGCUUUCCGCUCUGCGACCCAAUACGAUGCAGACGGUAAUCCCUUGCCCAAGAAGAGAGGCCGCCCCGUAGGCUGGCGCAAAAAUAUCCAUGGUUCAGCAGCCGCACAAUCGCAGGUCAAUCCCAACGGCAACACAGGACUGCGAGAUUUCGUAGGCACCGGGCAGAAUCCUAUCACCGUUCAAUCCCGUUCCCCAAGCAUGGCCCCGAGAUACACAUCGUUCAAGUGCAAGUGGGAGGGCUGCUCUGCUGAGCUUCACAACCUCGAAACGCUUCGGAAGCACGUCUUCAAACUCCAUAGAAAAGAGACGUCCGAUGGUAUGCUAGAGUGUUUGUGGAGUGACUGCAGGAAAGACACGAGAGUCGACUUGCUAAGCAACGUUAACAUCGAAAGUUCUAAAUCGUUUGCUAGCGAGAAGGAGUGGCAGGAGCACCUCGGACAAGCGCACUUCCAGCCCUUAGCCUGGAAACUUGGCGAUGGUCAGGCCAGUGGUGUUUCUGAUACGAAUGACUCUGAAGCGUAUUUGAGCGACGCUCAAGGCCGCAACGUUACGCCUCGUAUCAUUGCUCGCGCCGACUAUCUCACAGACAGCUAUAACAGUGAUGACCCUGAACCUGCUCAGCGAAAGCGACCCAGGGACUCGCAAGAACAACACGCACGCGAUGCGCAGGACCGAAUGAUCUCCAGAAAGAAACGUGUCGGAGGACCCGGAAUGGACCGCGGGGGUUCAACAUUGGCCAACGAGAAACGUAGACGAGGGUUUCUUGAUGUAACUGAUACGGAGGAAGAGCUCGUUGACGCGGAGUCGUGA